UAUGGCCACACAGUCCAGAGACUAUGAUCGUCCCACAAACUGGAACUCCUGAAUAGAGGAAACGUGUGAAACACAAGGAAAACAAAAGAGUCGUUUACAGUGAAAAUGGAAACCAUGCAGGAGUUGAUCCCAUUUGCCAAAGAGAUGCUCAGUCAGAAACCUAGUCGGAAGCUGCUGAAACUGUAUCUGCUUGGCUCCGUGUUCGCGGUGUUGGGCACAGCUAUCGGCUUGGUGGAGACUCUGUGCCAACCCUUUUCCUCGGGUGAGCCGAUGGACGCAGAGAUGCUCCUCAUGUUGAACUCAGAGCACGUUAAAGCUGAAGCACAGCCAAGCCGAGGCAUAGAACUGCAGAAGCAGGAGGAGCAGGAAGAGGAGCAAGAGGAGGAGCUUGUUCAAGAGACAAAAACUAAAACUGAGAACCUAAGCCCAUCUAAGACGUAUAGGCUCAUCCAGAGGAGUUCAGCCAACCGCCUCCAUGCUUCCUGAAUCCAAGGCCGUCAAAGUUACGUGACUUGAAAUAUUUAUUGGCUAAACCACUUUACUGUGCCACUGACUGAUCGGAAGCAUCUGAUAAUAUGCUUCAAACUAGUGACAGUGGCCUGAACACUGAAAAUGUGUCAUCUCACCUUAGAUAUUUUGGGAUUAUAAAACGUACAGUGUAGGUAAGAUUAAGGCAACAAACAGUGGGAUGCUUGAAAACCUUUAACAUAAAGUUCUGCAAAACAGGCAGAGGUUUCUAGAGACAAUCAAAGAGUUUUUGAUGACAUGAAGAGUCUCUGCAAGCAGCAGCAGGAUGUGAGUUCAGCUGUGAGAAGCUUACUGUGCAGUGCCCCCUACUGGCAGCUGGUUGUGGAUAAAAAAAGCAAACGGUCAAGACCUCAGGCACUGUAGAAGGAUUGCUGUAAAUGUGCUCUAACUGUAAAUAUUCAAUAUUUUUGUUACUUUCUAUUAAAGUUUUUUCCUUGAUCAUG